AUGGUCUCCAGCGACGACAACCACAGCGACCAUCCACCUCCGUCUCCCACAACCCCAGGCUCAGAGGAGGCCCCCCUCAUACCACGCACCACACCUCCUCCUUGUCCUCCAGUCGCCCACCCCGACACCUUGGCUCGCCUCACAGUCGCCUCGGACACCAACCACGACCAGCAGCAUGCUAUCCGUCCAGACAUCUCUCGCACCGCGUCUCACCAGUCGCGCACCCUCUCCCCCAUCCCAGCUAGCCCACAGACAAGCCACCCUUCGUCACCUCGCUCAAGCUACCACUCGACCCGUGACCGUCCCGGCUCACGCCGUUCACCUCGCACCCCAUCCCCAGUCGACGGCCCAAGCCGUACCCCGUGCUACACGCCUGCGCGCGACCACGACCGCCAGCAGUGUGCCGACGCGCGCUGGAUCGCGACCAUGACGAGGAUUACAUCGUCCAAGACGCAUGCCGUCAUGGGCUUCAACCAGACACGCUGUACCCAUCAACAGCAGCAUGCGGCCGACAACACCCCCACGGACGGAUGCACGACCUGCGCAGAGCUCAUGGCUCACAGGGAUACCCUCCUUGCCGAACUGGCGAGCAUGGACGCUACCCUUGCCGAAGUCGAGACCACAAUCGAAAAGGAAGUCGAGGAGACGCGCCGCCGCCUCGCCCCGCCCGCCCCUUACGCUGGCAGUGCUUGUAGCGCUUGA